CUGCGUUUCUCAUCUUCCACGCGUAUUCCCAUGUAACGAUCUCCGAAGACGCAACCGUCCAUAUCCCUAACCGGAAAAAACAAACCCCCACUUCCAACUCUUCUUUCUCAUCGUCUUCAACUCCGUCACCGUCGCCGUCUCCACUCGCUUCCGAUUCGCCUCAGCUCCAAUUUGAUCGGACGAUCCUCCGCCAUGUUCAAAUUCUGGGGAUCACAGGAGCCACAAGCUCAGCCGCGUCCCGAUGAUGAUGCUGCUUCAUCACAGCAGUCUUGGUAUCCUCCUUCAGUUAGCUCACCCACGCCACGGCCAUUAACUCCGAGUAGAACCUCUUCUACUCCUAAUUUGGGUUCCAGAGCUAACUCGCCGUCGCCUGUUUCUCCCACCGAGGCUGCUGGUGUUAUUGCUUCUUUGAAGGACAAAAGUGUUGACGAACUACGGAAGCUUAUGUCCGACAAGGAGGCAUACCAUCAAUUUUUCCUAUCGCUUGAGCAGGUCAAAGUUCAAAAUAAUCUAAAGGAAGAGCUACGAAAGGAAACUCUGCAAUUAUCCAGGGAAAACAUGGAAAAGGAACCGCGGAUGGUGGAACUUAGGAACCAGUGCAGAAUAAUUAGAACAACUGAGUUGGCAGCCGCUCAAGAGAGGCUAAAUGAGCUUGAACGACAGAAAGAAGAUACAUUGAAAUCAUGUGCACCUGCUUCUCUUCUCCAAAGGCUUCAAGAAGCAAUGAAUAAGACGGAGGAGGAAUCUGAAGACUUGCACAGGCAACUCCUCAAUGGUGAAAUCGAUAUCAGUACUUUCGUUCCAAAAUAUAAGAAGCUUCGCAACACGUACCACCGGCGGGCGCUUGUUCAUCUUGCAGCCAAAACAUCUUCAAUUGGCUGAAACUGUAAUAAUCAUUACCAAAAGGCAAAAAGAAUGUAUACCUUCUAGUAGAACAUAUUAGAACAAUUUGCAAAAACAAUGCUUUAGAUCGUUGAUUUCUGUUCAGUGUGUGAUAUUUGGUAAAUUGCUUGUCAUAGCAUUCAAUUUUAAUAGAAAUUCUUGUGUACAAACUCACUUGCAGUAGUGUAAACAGAUAAAACUUCCAAAACAACUUCUACUAUCUUCUCUA